CGUGCAUGUAAACAGUAAAUACUCCAAAAACUAUAAAAUUCAAAAAAUAAUUUAUAUGUCUAUUAAAUAAAUGAUAAGAGAUUAAAAAUUUUUAAAUAUAUUUUUUUACUAUAAUAAUAAAAAAUAGUAAUAUGAGUACAAAUAAUGAUACUAAUACUAAAAAUAUUAAAAAAACACAACCAACUAUAUUAGGAACCAAGCCAUCAUUUAUAAAUGCACAAUUACUAAUUUCAACUGGGAUUCCAUCACUGGAUACAAUUAUUGGAGGUGGAUUACCGAUUGGAACGAUUUUAUUACUAGAGGAAGAUAAGUAUGGGAACAAUGCAAAGACAAUCUUAAAAUAUUUUUUCGCUGAAGGCUGUGUCGCAAAACACAAUUUAUUUGUCGCCUCACAAGAUUUCCCGCCCGAUAAAUUUAUCGCUGACUUACCGGCAGUAAUAGGCCCUGACGACAAAUCUGCUUUACCUACGGGAUUUUCUGUUGUACCGACAGCUGGAUCUGCUGUACCGACACCUCCUCAGUCGGUAAGAGACGCAGACCGGAUGAAAAUCGCGUGGCGAUACGAGCACAUGAAAGCCAACGAUUCGCUGGCCAGCAAAAGCAAAAAUUCAAAAUACAACAGCGACUUUGGGCACUAUUACGAUCUGACCAAAACGAUGGACAAAAAUUUGAUCGAUAGAAAUAAAAUAUUUUACUGGAAUGAUGAUAUUGAUAAUCAUGGUGAUAAAUAUCGAAUGGGGUUCAAAAACAAUCGAUAUGUCGAUCUAUUGAAAAAUCUGCAGCAGAAAUUAAAGGCGGGAGAAUUCUACGUUACCGACAAACCAAAGCUGAGAAACAUUAUGAGGAUCGGGAUCCAUCGACUGGGAUCGAGAUUGUGGCUUAAUGAUGAUGGUGAUGCUGAUGAUGAUGAUGAUGAUGAUGAUGAUGAUGAUCGAAAAGAUUCCGGAGAUUUGAUAAGAUUUUUGUACUGCUUCAGAUCGUUACUUAGAAAUUGUUACGCUGUAGGAGUGAUUACUGUACCUGAUAUUUUUGAAGAUGACACGAUAAUGAAAAGAAUAGAAAAUUUAUCAGAUACGGCGAUAGCCUUAGAAUCAUUUGCCGGCUCAUCAAAAGAAACAAAUCCUAUUUUUAAAGAUUACCACGGAUUGCUUCACGUUAAAAAAUUAUCAGCGAUAAAUACUCUAGCGUCUCAUUGUCCAGAGUCUUACGACCUUGCUUUUAAAAUGCGACGGAAAAAAUUCGUCAUCGAGAUUCUUCAUUUACCACCGGAUUUUGGUGACGACGAUAAAAAUGAUGACAAUAAAAUCAUUCCUGGAUUUGGUUGUGGAUCAUCAAAACUUCUAGAUUUUUAAUAUUAAUAAUAAAUUAUUAAUUACUUAAUUAAUUUAUGUAUAUAUUAUUUACUAAUAAAAUUACUUUAUAAAAAAUAUCAUAUUUUAUUAGCUCGUAAAAUUUCCUCUCAAACGAGUACCCACAUGCCAGACUUCAAAUUUUAAAAAAUAUGAUACCUUAUGAUUAAUAUAUAACAUUUAUUAAUCAAAAUAUUGUUCGAUAAAAACCAUAGGAUGUUGGUACUCAUUUUUUUCAGGUCAUUACGACCAAAUCAGGUCUGAUGUCAGAUUUAAAAUAAAAAAAAAUCAUUAAUCAUUUCCGGAAUAAACAAAAAUCAUUUGUUUUUUUUUUUUAAAUGAUUUCAUUGGAUAGCUGCGAAAAAAUCCGUUGAAAUGAGUACCAACAACCCUUACUUUUUUUUUAGUCGAUUAACGUCAUUAAUCAUCAUUAAUUAAUUUGCAUUAAACAAUUUUAGAAAUCAGUUAUGAAUUAUUGGUACUCAUUUUUUAUGAAUUCGUUGUCAAUUCUUCACAGUAUUUGGAGUAAGGACGAAAUAUUUUUUUUUAUUAAUGAUUAAUUAGUCAUGAUUAAUCAUUAAUUAUGAUUAAUAGUCAUGAAUUUUCAUAAAAAGUUUGUUAUGCUAACUGUCGAUUGACAGACUUACUAAACGAUAAUCUUAAAAACUAUGAAUAUUUUCAUUAAUCAUUAAUCAUUUUUGAUAAAAAAAAAUACUGCGCAUUAAUCAUUAAUAAAAAUUAUUAAUUACGAUUAAUCUCAAUUAUUAAAAAAACAAAAAUUAAUUACUACGUCACAGUACUCGAUUUAGAAGUCUUUCAACAAAAAAUACAACGCACACUAAAAAUGAAACGCAAAAAAUAUAUCAUUAAUCGUAAAACAUUAAUCAUUAAUAAAUAUCAUUAAUCUCAAUUUCUAUAAAAAAAAAAUAAUUACUACGUCGUU